AUGGCCAGCGCCAGAGACAGAGACGACUCACUCACAUUCACAAACCCAUCAACGUCUUCCUCGCCAAUCAUCAUCUCUGACCCAUUUGACAGCUUUCUCUCCGACCCAAAUUCCCACAUCGGCAGCGCCUCUGGGAGCUUCCAGAACGAGGGUUUACUUGCUGAUACUAGCAGCGAUGCCGAGUUUGGGUUCUCACGCCCUGAGUUUCGGACGAGCCAACUCGCCGGGACUGUCGAGUUUUACCAGCGCCACGUGUUUUUGUGCUACAAGAACCCCCAGGUUUGGCCGCCCAGAAUUGAGGCCGCCGAGUUUGAUCGAUUGCCAAGGUUGCUCUAUGCCGCGGUAAUGGCUAGGAGGGGUGAUAUGAAGAAAGAGACUCGCUUAACAAUAUGUGAAGGGCACGAUGGAACUGAGACAUCCAAUGGUGAUGUAUUAAUUUUCCCUGACAUGAUCCGAUACAGGAGAUUGACGCAUUUUGAUGUUGAUACAUUUGUUGAAGAAGUUCUAGUGAAGGAUGGUGAAUGGCUGCCUGGUACUCCUGAAACUUUGAAGGGUUCAUAUGUUUUUGUAUGUUCUCAUGGGUCUCGGGAUCGCCGUUGUGGAGUCUGUGGACCUCCCCUGAUCACUAGAUUUAGAGAAGAGAUUGAAUUACAUGGUCUUCAAGGUAAAGUGUCUGUUAGCCCAUGUUCACACAUUGGGGAGCAUAAGUAUGCAGGAAAUGUUAUUAUAUUUGGACCAAAUUUCAACAGAAAAGUCACUGGCCACUGGUAUGGAUAUGUUGCUCCAGAAGAUGUACCUGUAUUGCUCGAGCAGCAUAUCGGGAAAGGAGAAAUUUUGGACUGGCUAUGGAGGGGUCAGAUGGGUUUAUCAGAAGAACAGCAGAAGAAAUCUCAAGAACUAAGGCUCCAGCUUAAUGGCGAGACAAAUGUGGGAAAAAGCGCUACAGAGUUGACACAACCAAAGGAAAGGGAAAUGAAUACUAGUGUAUGUAGAUCUCAAGUUGAGAUUGGCGGAUGUUGCCAGGAAAAUAGAAACUCUCCUUGCUGUCAGAAUGCUGUGUUCAUAGAAAAGUUAAACAGUCCUGAUUUGAAUGAGAUGGCAGCAAAGGAGACGACUGACAAGAAAAAAAGCAGCAGGAAGCUACUUUCAGGGAUCAAUAGCGGAAAAGGGGCCUCCACGCACAAGGUUUGUGCUAUGCCGACUUGGUUUCAGAGCUGGGAACGUGAAGAUACGUAUGCAGCUUUUGCUGUUGUUUGUGCUGCUGUGUCAGUUGGCAUUGCUUACAGCUGCUACAAACAGUUGAGAUGA